AUGCACAGACGUUCGUCUGGCUCCCCUGUCGCGGACGACACUGAAGACUCCUCGGCUCGACCAGACGACCAUGGCCCUGCUAUCGAUGCGCCUCACGACAAAUCGUCCAUAGCUCGCCACGGUACCAGCUUCGAUCUUCGCCGCGAUAACGGCUCGUCCACGCCGCGCUCCCGGAACUCGAGCGUCUGGCGCACCCCUCGACCCAACCCGCUGCCCAUGGAGGCUGCCGCGCCCGAUGGCCGUCGCGCGCGCCAGUCCCGUCAGCGCAGCCCGUGGUCCUGCUCUAUCCUGACCGCCGUGACCACUUGUGUCGCCGUCGCGAUCUUACUGGCGAUCGUCAGCUCCUUCACCGGCCGGAGCCGGGAUGGUGAUGGGUGUGGAGUGCCCAUGAUGAGCCCGACUUUCAUUAAGAUGGUGGAUUUCGAUACGGAGCAUACGCGGUUUGCGAGCAAAUACAAUUUGUUCCUGUACCGGGAGGAGGGCGUGGAUCCGUACACGCAGGACAAUAUUGGGGUAGGUGCUCUUCCAGUAUGGCAGCUCGAAUUAAAGGAACAAUGUACUUAUGAUCUUCAGUUGAACGGCGUUCCAGUUCUUUUCCUUCCCGGAAAUGCUGGAAGCUACCGUCAGGUCCGAUCUUUGGCUGCGGAGGCCUCCCGACACUACUACGAUGUUGUUCGACACGACGAGGAGCGACACGCGGCCGGGACGCGCAGCUUGGAUUUCUUCAUGGUGGAUUUUAAUGAGGAUAUGGCUGCAUUCCAUGGCCAGACCCUGUUGGACCAAGCGGAAUACGUGAAUGAAGCGAUUUCGUACAUCCUAUCCCUCUACCACGACCCCCGACGAACCCGGCGAGACCCUUCACUCCCUGAUCCGAGCUCGGUGAUCUUAAUUGGCCAUUCUAUGGGUGGCGUGGUAGCGCGUACUGUCCUAACAAUGGCUAAUUUCCAGGCUAAUUCGGUCAAUACGAUCAUCACCAUGUCCACGCCGCACGCACGGUCUCCAGUCUCCUUCGAUUCAGACCUUGUCCAUACCUACAAGCAGAUCAACGAUUACUGGCGCGAGGCUUACUCACAGACAUGGGCGAACAACAAUCCUCUGUGGCAUGUCACUCUUGUCUCCAUUGCUGGUGGCUCGCGGGAUACCGUGGUGCCUUCGGACUACACCAGUAUCUCGUCACUGGUGCCCGAGACUCACGGCUUCACCGUGUUCACGUCGUCUAUGCCAGAUGUAUGGAUCGGUAACGACCAUUUGUCUAUCACAUGGUGUGAUCAAUUCCGCAAAUCGAUCAUCAAAUCACUGUUUGAAAUCAUUGACGCCCGCCGCCCCUCUCAAACCAAACCCCGAGCUGAGCGUGUACGGUUACUGAAGAAAUGGUAUUUGACCGGACUAGAGGACGUAUCUGAGCGUACGCUGUCUCAGAAGGAGCCAAAUGCCUUAUUGACUCUUGAAGAUAAUGCCAACACCAUCCUUGCACAGGGCCAACGACUGACUCUACGUGAGCUUGGUCACCGCCAUGGCCCGGAUGUACGCCUUGUACCCAUUCCCCCACAAGGUGUCGCGGGCAAAAAGUUCACGCUCUUGACUGAUCAACUGAUCGGCAAAGACGGAAAUCUCGAAGUGCUCUUUUGUAGCGUAUUUCCGCUCAGCAACGGCCGCUCGACUGCGUUUUCGAUGAACCUGGAUUUCUCCGGUGGUACUGUGGGAUCGACCCGGCUGGCAUGCAAGACUGCGGAAGAAGAUGUGAUUCAUCUGCCCGCUUCUACUACUACCUCACGAUUUGCUUACGACCGCGUCCCACCAUUUUCCUACCUUCAGUACGAUUUGGAGGCUCUUGCAGAGCACCAGUUUGUAGCUGUCGUGGACAAGGCCAAUGCGCCUACGCGAGGCUUCGUGGUCGCGGAGUUCUCCGAUAGCUCUGAUGCCGUGAUUCGUGCUAAGGUUGGGCUAGGUAGCUUGUUGGGUGCUGGUCUCAAGAUGCGAUUGCCAGCUAACCGACCUAUGCUCACUGAAAUCAAGAUUCCGGCCUUGCAUUCGAGCCUUCUCGACUACCGUCUCAAGGUCACAAGGCACCCUCAGAAGGAGGAGCUUUUCGCCCCGCUCUUGAGGCAGUCGAUCGCCGAUCCUCAUGAAUCCAAGUUUUUCGUGAAUGUCAACGAUGUCCAUGUAAACUUGCACGGCGUGGCUCCCUUCAUGCCCCCUCCGCUCCGAGAACAAGCUGUUCAAGCUGGCGUUUCGUUCCAUCUAUGGACUGAUCCCAGCUCUGAGUCGACGGUUGAUAUUUCGUUGCAAGUUGACAUUGCUAGUAGUCUCGGAGAACUUGUCAUGCGGUAUCGUACCAUCUUUGCUGCAUUUCCGCUCUUGGUUGUAGCACUCGUACUUCGGAAACAAUUCCAGAUCUACGAUGAGACAGGUUACUUUGUUCCUUUCAAUGAUGGGAUGGAUCGCGCUUUACGAUCCUCUCUCCCCUUGUUAUUGGUUGCCAUGUCGCUGCUUGCAACGUCUCUGGCCACGACCAAAGCUCUUCCUCAGUCCGAUGACCCGUUCCACUGGCGAGGUAACUCCACGGAGACUCCGAUCGACUUCACCAAGAACGAUCUCCUCCUUGGGUCUCAGGAUGCUUUUUUCUGGUUCCUUGUGCCAAUCUUUGGGGUCAUCAGUGUUGGCUCAUGUGUGCUAGUUAACUAUGCUGCUCUUCUCCUUGUCAACAUCCUCUCUUGGGUGUAUGGUGCUUUUCACACUAGAUCCGGAUACAUCCGGCAUGAGGAUCGUGGAGGUCUUCCAAUUUUCAGCGCUCCUACACCUCGUCGACGUGUCAUCAACACAGUCAUCCUACUUAUCCUGUUUGCAUACAUGGUAGCUUGUAUCGUCCAGUUGGCAACAUGCGUCCGUGCCCAGUGGCAUGUGAAAGAGACACGAUCUGCGCCCCAUCUCAACUUCGGCAACUAUGCACAUUCCAUCCUUAAUCUGAUGUUGUGGAUCCUGCCCAUCAAUGUUUUGGUGCUCCUUGUUUGGGCCCAUAAUCUUGUGGUGCAUUGGUUCAUGCCCUUCUCGUCCCAUCACAAUGUCUUGUCUAUCAUGCCUUUCCUUGUGCUUGUCGAGACGAUGACUAGUGGUGCUAUGAUCCCCCGCAUCACUACUCGGUUCGUUCUUAUCGACACCAGGACUGCGGUUCGCAUGCCUGUUCCAACGCUAAUCCGCUUUUUCAGGUUCAAGCACGUUACCUCCAUGAUCUUCUUCGCCAUUGCCAUUUACUCGGCCGUGUACGGCGUCACUUACGCUUACCUUCUUCACCACCUUGCGAAUCUCCUGGCAGCUUGGUUUGUUGGGAUCUAUUUAGUCGGCAACAACUUCUCCCCCUAUCGCUUAUGGCGGAUCAUUGACGGUGACGAGUCUCCUACAGAUUCAGGAAGCCGCCACUUCAAGAAGAAGCCAUGA